AUGGUAAACUUUAUGAUUUCAGUCGAUGCCAGUUCCAACUCGGAGUUGGCUAUUAAGGAGAUUGCCAAUCAUCUGUUUGAUAAGGAGAAGGAUGUUAUAUUCCUGAUCACGAUUGCUGAGGAUCCAGUCACUUUCCCAAGUUCUGCAAUGUCCGCUGUGAUCAUGACCGAGUCAAUGAAGGCCAUCGAGAAGCAAUGCAAGUCAAUCCUGUUACAACGUGCAAGGAUUGCCAAACAUCUUGGUAUCCAGAAUGUUAGAGCAUUGCUUGGACAUGGCAAUCAUGUUGGCGAGGCCAUUUGCAAGGCUGCUGCAGAGAAGAAGAUUGAUUACUUGGUGGUCGGAAGGAGAGGAAUGGGUGUAGUCAAGAGGAUAUUCAUCGGAAGCACUUCACGUUACAUCCUGGAGCAUGCUCCUUGUAAUGUGGUUUGCAUCAAGGAGACUGAGGAGUUGAAGGAGAAGAUCGCCCAAGAGGAGAAGAGGGAGAACCAUGAGGAGGUCGAGUCCUACAAUGACUUUGAGCGACUGCACCUCCACAUC